CUUAAACGUGGUUGAAUCAGAACGCUGUGUUGGUUAUUUGAACGGCGCCAGUACUUUGGCCGUGCUGGGUCGUGCAGACUUGUCUUCUGUAGCCUCGCUUCUUUUCAAGUUCUGUUGAUCAGAAAACUCAUUUAAGGAGGGUGCAGAGUGCUUCGAAAGUUGGCCGGUUUGCAAUGGCGAGCAGAUCUGCGAGCAGCUCUGUUCUGGGGUCGUCGUCGAUGCUGGUAGGAAUGACGGAUGCGUCCGCAAGCAACCCCAGGGACUCCAGAAAUUGUAGCACGAGCGGGCAGAGUCCUGGUAUGCCUCCUUGGGCACCACAAAGGCGACUAUCACAAAAAGGUUCUUCUGGCAAGCAAAAGUCGACCCCUUGGCUCGUGCGGGCCGGCCAAACGGUGGUUCAUCAGCCAAGUAUUCAAGCUGUUGGUGGCGGAAAAGGCGGGGGAGUUCUGGACAGACCUGUCAUCGUAGAAAAACCAACUCCCGGUCGGGAGUCCGAGUUUGACCUGGGUACCGUGAAAAAGAAGAAGUUGUCCCCCCCAUACCGGGUGAUGCUCCACAACGACAACUUCAACAAGCGCGAGUAUGUCGUGCAAGUGCUCAUGAAGUGCAUUCCGGAGAUGACCGUCGAUAUAGCGGUGAACAUUAUGCAGGAGGCGCAUGUGAAUGGGGUGGCAUGCGCCAUCACAUGCGGCCAGGAAGAGGCGGAGGAGUAUUGCAACGCGUUGCGGAACAACGGCCUGGUCAGCUCGAUCGAACCUGCUGACAAGUGCUGAGUACUGUUUCGGGGGGGUGAGUGGGGGGCAGGAUUUUGGGGGGGGUCUUGCGUCGUGUUAAAAGCGAAAGGGAGGACAGUUUGCCGGAUCUAAAAAUGGUGGAGCAAAGGAGUUGGAACAGCGAUGAUAUGUGGAGGAGGGAGGUUUCGGGUUACGGCUUAGCAUCAAGCCGAGGGUUGUGAAAAGGAAGUCGGAAGCUGGUGAGGAUGAAGUGCAGCGACAAGGAAGGACAGUGCACAUUCUUUAGGAGGGGGGGGAAGAAGGGGGUUAGCCCUGAGGCAGCGUCUCUGCUUGGAAAGGGCAGCUCGGCGGGCUUCAAACGUUCACGUGGGAAGGGUUUCUUGUGUCCUCAAGGGGUAAGUUUGUGGGGAAAGCAUUGGAUCAGAGUAUCGAUUGAAAAGUUGUGCCGGUGCGGCUUAUGGCCAAACUGUGGCCAGUCCGUCUACUCAAAAAGGAGUGAGGCAAGCAGGACUAACAAUCUGCAUGUGAGCUUGCGACGCUAGGUCUACCAGACCGCCGCUUGCUUAUUCAAAACGGGUUGUGAGCUGAAGUAGUUGCAUCAACCUCCCGGCUAGCGUUCUGCUGAAAACCUGUACAUACUUUGACAUGUCCCAUAACGUCAAUAAUGAAAGCUGGAGAGUUGGCAUUCGCUGAUCUGUUGAUAGUAAGAAGUCGGCAAGGGAGAAUGCACACAUUCUGUCAGGACAUGGGAGAAGCAAAUAUGCCCAUUUUUCUGGAAGUCAGCAAAAAUUCUCUGGUUAAGGCAGCAAAACAUUGCGGACCCGAUAUGUGAGCUGUCGAUCCUUAGGACGC